CACAAAGUCCCAUUUUUGAUGGGAAAUCACUUUUUUAUGAUGGAUUGCAUCGCUUAUAUAAACCUAAGGUUUGUGAACCUGUCAAAAAGAAUUUACAUCUUUGCUUCGCUAUUUCUUUGACACAUCGACUCUUUCACCAUGACUGCUCCUCAUCGUGCUCAUAAGCAAACCUUAAAAUCGUCGACCCGAUCGUCCGCCAACGAAAAAAUUCCGCGACCAAUGAACUGUUUCUUGGCUUAUCGCCUGGAAAAGCAAAGCGAAAUCGUCGCCCGUUGUCCUGGUGCCAACCAUCGCGACAUUUCCAAAAUUAUCGCCAAAUGGUGGAAAGAAACGAGCGAAGAAGAAAAAGCCGUGUAUCGCGAAAAGGCUCGUCUGGCUAAACUGGCUCACAAUCAACAGUAUCCCGACUAUAAAUAUAAACCCAACAAAGCGGCGGGCCGCAAAACACGCAAAUACACAAAACGAACCCGUGAACCGUUCAGUUCACGCUCGAAAACGAACAAUGUCAUGAUGCAACUUAUGUAUGAAGACCAGUCCAUCUUGGAGCAUAUUGAGCCUGUGGCCCAUACCAACGACAAUGGAGUAUCCUACGAUGCAACAUCACAGGCAUCGGAAUAUUCCCCUGCCCUGUUUUCAUCCUUGCCAUCCUUGCCUUCCAUGAGUCCCGCAACCGGAUCGGUCAGGAGUCCCAGCAUGAUUUCGGAACCUUCGAUUUCGAUUGGUGCGGACGUGACCGAUGGUUCAGUCCCAGCCUUGGUGUCUUCCACCAAUCCAACCAUGAUAAUGUCUUCCCCCAUGUUGUAUACUCCACCCAUGCUGUCGCCGGCUUGCAGCAUGAUCGGAUACCCGUCCUCUUGCGCGUACGAUUUUGGCGGUGAUGCCGCGAAUAUGUUACAUUUAUGGCAGCAGCUGGUACCCGAGAAUUCUAAUCCGUACCUUCCUACUUUUACUACUACGGGCGCUUCCCUUUCAGGGCGAGCUCCUUGCACGGCUCUGGAUGCAGCUAAUCCGAAUUGGAUAGCGCCCGGACAAGGUUUGAUGACAACUAUUGAAACACCGAGCUUUAUCGAUCCCAUGCUUCUGUCUUCAGUACCCAUGCCGUACGCGCCGUCUUCUUCCAUGGUGAUGUGCGAUCAAGGCUAUCCCUUCCCUUCAACAGAUUUCACUACCUACAUGUUUUAAACCAACCAUCAUCUCCUCUAUGUAAAUACCAUGGGAAAAAGCUGACUUGUUUGUUCCCUGCGAUUUCUCCUAUUCCCACGUUUUAUACCCUUUAUGACCCACCAAAAUCUCCUUACGCCCUUUUGCAUAUAGAAUUUCUUCAUUCACAUAGACAACUCGCCCACUUUUUAUUUUACUUUAUUUUAUUUUAUUUUAUUUCAUUCACCCCUUUCAUUUAUUCUGUUCUAUUCUUCUGGUUAACUAUUUAUGGUUUGCGCAAAACAUUUUUAUUCUUUUGAACGUUUUCACAUCAUUCUUAUGACAUGCAUCUCCAAAGGCCCUAUCAG